AAAAUAAAAAAAAAAAGCCCUAGACUGGGACAGAACGAUCAACGAACCAAAAGAUUUUGAAGUACUCAUUCAUUAUUCGUUUAAUCUCCGCCGAAUCGCUACAAAUUUUGCACAGAAUCAAAUCAAAACAAUGAAAGGAGCGAAACGUUUAGCGGUAUCGGACUCGAAUCCCAACACAGACGAAUCGAUUACUAAAAGAAUAAUGGGGGCAUCCUAUUUCGGUGUUAACAGGGCAGAACCAUUUCAGCAGCAAUUAAUGGCGACACCACCGUUGGAUAUGCGCCGGGCUGAAUCAUCUAGACAGCAUGUGAGAGCUCUCAAUAUCCAAUUUGCAAGUUGGAUCCAAUCACAGCUACAGAAUCACCCUGAUGAACUUUGGGAAGAUGGAGUCCAGGACUACCUAGCUCAUGCCUCAAACAUUAUGGAGAAAUUUAGUGAUGUUGUUAAAUGGCUUAAAUCAAAUGCUGUAAAUGGAGAAAGUUUCUCUGCUGUCGGAUCUCAUGCUCCUCAAAAGCAACUUGUGUCUGAAAAUAGGGAUAACGAGGUGAAAGUAUCACAGGAGAAAAUUGGAAUUGCUCCAUCUGGUACCACCGCAUCUUUUGCAACCUCAUGGAGCUCUGGAGUUCUCUUUAAUGGUCAAACACCCUUUUCAUUUGGAAGCCAAAGUUCAGUUUCCUUAAACCAUGAUGCUUCAAAUAAUGCAGAUGAUGAAGAUGAUGGGGAACGACCUAGCAGCCCAUCUGUAAAGAAGACUGAAGAGGAGGGUAUUAAGGUAGUACAUGAAGUCAAAUGCAAGCUUUAUGUGAAGUCAAGUGACCCAGCAGAUAAAGAUGCAUGGAAAGAUAAAGGCACAGGUCAGCUUUCCAUCAAAUGUAAAGAGGGUGUCAGCAAGGGCACAAAAGAAUCCAAACCAACAAUUCUUGUUCGGAAUGAUGUGGGAAAAGUGUUGCUUAAUGCAUUGUUAUAUCCAAACAUCAAGACAAGUAUUCAGAAAAAUUCAAUUGUAGCCAUAUUUCAUACUUCGGGCGACAGUGAUAAUUGCGACAAUAAUAGUGUUGUGGCACGUACUUUCUUAAUAAGGAUGAGGAACGAGGAAGAUCGGAAUAAACUGGCAGCAGCAAUUCAGGAAUAUGCUCCUGCUGCUUGAAAUUUUCUCAAAGCAACACAAUGCCAUUGUAUAAUUACUUGGGCUCCAGCAACUUACAAAGUUGAUGCUGUAAUCCUUGUAUUGUUGUAUCGUUAGUUUGAUCUUUAGAAUUUUGGGGAAGGGUAAUUUUGUUGGAAUUGACUCAGCCCUUUUUUGGGGUAAAAAAUCUAGCAAAUGUGGUCGAUACACACAAGCCAAUGAUAUUUUCACUUUGCAUGA